AUAGUAUUAAAGCCCUUCCUAGCCAAAGAUUUUGUAACGAGAGUAAGAGAGAGAAUGGCAAUGCCACCACUUAAAUCAACAUCUUCUAUGUCUUCUUCUCAAUGUUCAUCUUCUUCUUCACCAAGCUCAAGCUCCAUAAAACUCAAAUCUCUAAUCCAAACUCUCAUCAUUUCUCAAGUUUGUCGACUAAUCCGAGAAAUCUCUAGAGUUUCAUCCAUUCUUGUUAGAGUCUUGAGAAAGAAGCAAUACCAUUUCUUGUCAGUGUCUUCUUUACUCUAUCCAAAGAAAGUCUCUAAGAAACAAAAGAACAAUAUAUUAUUCGGCUCCUUCAGACUUCACUACAACUUUUGCUCCUCUCACGUAGUGCCUGUCUCUGCACCAGUGCGUCUCCCUGAAGAGCUCUACUUAGCUCAUCUCGGAUAUGACUCUACUUGGGAGUCAAUGUAUUCAACGGAAUCGAUGGAUAGUCGCGAUGAUGAUGAUGGUGAUAUUCAAGAACCAUCUCAGCUCUCUAGUUAUCUAAGACAGCUAGAGGAUAAAGUUAAAGAUGGUCAAGAAGAAGAGAAAGAGAUGAUGAUGAACGAGAUUGAUAAAUUGGCUGAUAUGUUUAUAGCAAAUUGUCAUGAGAAGUUCAUGUUGGAGAAGAUUCAUAUACUUGAGCAGGAAGCUUAUUCUGCUGUGUUAAGGGCUUUUCAAGCACAGGCUGAUGAAUUUUCUUGGGAUAAACAAGACGUGAUGACAAACCUACGUAAAGAAUUGAGGAUAUCUGAUGAUGAAAACCGAGAACUGUUGAACAAUGUUCAUAAUGAUGAUCUUAUCAAAAGAAUAAGAGAUUCGAGACCUAGAGGUGGAAACCAGGUUGUUAGACAUGCAAAUAAUCAGUCCCUCGAUGUUCUUCCUAGUCCGACUUUUUCAGCUUCUCGGAAGAAACAGAAGACGUUCCAAUCCUAUCCGUCGAUUGGUUCUACUAGAAAUAAGUCGUUCAAUAACCGUGUAGUAUCAGCAAAUGAACCCGCUGAAGCUCUUAUUGGAAGAAAAGUGUGGACAAAAUGGCCUGAUGACAACAGCUUUUAUGAAGCAGUAGUGACACAAUACAAAGCAGAUGAGGGUCGACAUGCGUUGGUAUAUGAUAUAAACACAGCAAAUGAGACAUGGGAAUGGGUUGAUCUUAAGGAGAUUCCACCGGAAGAUAUAAGAUGGGAUGGAGAGGAGAAUGGUGUAACUUUAAAUGUAGGACAUGGCGGUGGAACAACCCGUGGAAAUCGAAGAACCUUAAGCCAUGGUGGUAGAGGGAGAGGUCCAAGAACUCAGCCAAGAAGAGAACAUUUAGCAACUGAAAACGGUGGUGGGAGGAAGUUUUUCGAUGAGAUUGAAUUGUUCAACACAGACUCACUUGUGAAAGAGGUGGAGAGAGUUUUUGAUUCUAACCUUCCUGAUCCACAUGAGCUUGAUAAGGCCAAGAAACUACUCAAGGAACAUGAACAGGCGCUCAUUGCUGCCAUUGCAAGGCUUGCGGAUGCUUCUGAUUACGAAAGCGGGUUCGAUAUCGACAUGGAUGGUCGCAAGAGAGGACGCCCUGAAGCUGCUGCCUCACACAACUCCAAUGGCGGAUUCAAGAGGUCUAAGCAAGAGAUGGAAUCAAUUUCAACUGGUUUAGGAAGCAAAUCCAAGCCAUGCACUAAAUUUUUCAGCACUUCUGGAUGUCCGUUCGGUGACAAUUGUCACUUCUUGCACUAUGUACCUGGUGGGUACAAUGCUGUAGCGCAGAUGACAAAUCUCCGACCAUCAGUUGCUCAAGCUUCCAGAAAUAUGCAAGGAUUUGGUGGUGUGGGAGGCAGAUUCUCAGGGAGAGGAGAUCCAGGACCAGGCCCUGUUUCAAUCUUUGGUGCUUCUGCUACUUCCAAGAUCAGUGUAGAUGCGUCUUUAGCCGGUGCCAUCAUUGGAAAAGGUGGAAUCCAUUCCAAACAGAUAUGCCGCCAAACAGGAGCGAAAUUAUCGAUUAAAGAUCACGAAAGAGACCCAAACUUGAAGAUUAUCGAGCUAGAAGGAACAUUUGAACAGAUCAAUGUAGCGAGUGGGAUGGUGAGAGAGCUCAUAGGGAGGCUUGGAUCAGCCAAGAAACCUCAAGGGAUUGGUGGUCCUGAAGGGAAACCACAUCCUGGGAGCAACUACAAGACCAAGAUCUGUGACAGGUACUCUAAAGGGAACUGUACAUAUGGAGAUAGAUGCCAUUUUGCGCAUGGUGAAGCCGAGCUGCGCAGGUCAGGAAUCGCUUAGUUAUGUCUUUAGACUCUUGAGAACAGAUUAUGCAUUGUUAGCUUCAUUAUCAUUGUGACUUUUUGCUCUGUUUUUUUAUUUUAUCGAUUUGUUUUAUGCGACUGGCUUUGAAACCUUUUAGACCAUUCCGUAGGGCUCUGAAUAUUCGACGAGUUCUUUUAAGUUCCCAAUCACAGUUAAAAGACUUACUAUGUUAAGCCCUAAUAUUUACAAUUACAUGCUUGUUUUGUCUUAAGAAAUCAUGCAGUCGAUA